UUUGAAUCUUCUCUAUAUUUGCUCUGGUACGCGCCUGUAGGAAGGACUUGGCGCGGGUCGCACGUGACGCUUUGCUGCGCCGUGGCCUCAGGCAAGCCUCUGGAACCCCCACAAGGCAUAAGGCAUCGGCUGGCUCUUACUCGUCCGAAUCCGAAUCCGUGCACCUCGACACGAAGACUGCUGGCGCUUAGCGCGCUUAGCAUUGUUUCGCCGUCUUGGAAGAAGCGCGACAAUGCAAAGAUGGCCUGCACUUGGUCAUAUGCAUCUGAUGCGCUUUGGCGAUGGGUUUC